ACACCCGGGAAGGACUCGGCUCCGCCGCGCCUCCGUGUUCGGCAGUCCCAUUUCCGCGCGGCGGGAGGAUCUGCGCGCUUUCGCUUUCCAUCAGUCCCCGCUGUCCUAUCUGCGAGGCAGCAUGAGCGCGCGGCUGCUCCUCGUCCUGCGCCAACUCCGCCGUCCUCAGCCUCCCCCGGGCCCGCCGCGGCGCCUCGCUGCGCCCUGCCGUGCCCUCGGCAGCGGUGGAGGCCCCGAGAGCCUGCUCGGGCAGCGGCGGCUGCAGGACGGACAGGUCCGGAGCAGCCGUGGCCGGGGCAGCCGGCCACCCCCGGCGCGGGCCGCCAUCGUCAGAGAAGUUAUUCAGAAUUCAAAAGAAGUUCUGAGUUUGUUGCAAGAGAAAAACCCUGCCUUUAAGCCGGUUCUCGCCGUUAUUCAGGCAGGUAAUGAUAACUUGAUGCAGGAAAUAAACCAGAAUUUGGCAGAGGAGGCUGGUCUGAACAUCACUCACAUCUGCCUCCCUCCAGACAGCAGUGAAGACGAGAUUAUAGAUGAAAUCUUAAAGACUAAUGAAGACACCAGAGUCCAUGGCCUUGCCCUUCAGAUUCCUGGGAACUCGCUUAGCAACAAAGUCCUCAAUGCCUUGAAGCCAGAAAAAGAUGUGGAUGGAGUGACAGAUAUAAACCUGGGGAAGUUGGUACGUGGGGAUGCCCAUGAGUGUUUCGUUUCACCGGUUGCCAGAGCUGUAGUGGAACUUCUUGAAAAAUCAGGUAUAAACUUAAAUGGAAAGAAGGUCUUGGUCGUCGGGGCCCAUGGAUCUUUGGAAGCUGCUGUGCAGUGCCUGUUGCAGAGGAAAGGCUCAAUGACAAUGAGCUGCCAGUGGGAGACGCCUCAGCUUCAAAGCAAGCUUCAUGAGGCUAACAUUGUGGUCUUAGGCUCGCCCAAGCCAGAAGAGAUUCCCCUUGCUUGGAUACAACCAGGGACUACAGUUCUCAGUUGUUCCCAUGACUUUCUCUCAGGGAAACUUGAAUGUGGGUCUCCCAGGGUACAUUCUAGUGGUCUCAUUGUAGAAGAUGAUGUGAGCCUCCUUGCUGCAGCUCUGCGGAUUCAGAACGUGGUCAGCAGUGGAAGGAGAUGGCUUCGUGAACAGCAGUACACCAGGUGGAGGCUUCACUGUUUGAAACUUCAGCCUCUGUCACCUGUGCCAAGUGAUAUCGAGAUUUCAAGAAGACAGACUCCAAAAGCUGUGGAUGUUCUUGCCAAGGAGAUAGGAUUGCUUGCAGAUGAAAUUGAAAUCUAUGGCAAAAGCAAAGCCAAAGUAUGUUUGUCUGUGCUGGAAAGGUUAAAAGAUCAAGCAGAUGGAAAAUACGUCUUAGUUGCGGGGAUCACACCCACCCCUCUUGGCGAAGGGAAAAGCACGGUUACGAUUGGGCUUGUUCAGGCUCUGACUGCACACCUCAAUGUCAACUCCUUCGCCUGCCUGAGGCAGCCUUCUCAAGGACCAACGUUUGGAGUCAAAGGAGGCGCUGCAGGCGGCGGGUAUGCCCAGGUCAUUCCCAUGGAGGAGUUCAACCUUCACCUUACUGGGGACAUCCACGCCAUCACUGCAGCCAACAACUUGCUGGCAGCUGCUAUCGACACAAGAAUUUUACAUGAAAAUACUCAAGCAGAUAAGGCCCUGUAUAAUCGACUGGUUCCAUUAGUGAAUGGUGUCAGAGCAUUUUCAGAAAUUCAACUUGCUCGAUUGAAAAAGCUGGAUAUCCAUAAGACUGACCCAAGCACGCUGACAGACGAGGAAGUGAGCAGGUUCGCCCGUCUCAACAUUGACCCCUCGACCAUCACAUGGCAGAGAGUACUGGAUACAAAUGACCGAUUUCUACGAAAAAUAACAAUUGGGCAGGCAAGCACGGAGAAGGGAUUUUCCCGCCAGGCACAGUUUGACAUUGCUGUGGCCAGCGAAAUCAUGGCAGUGCUGGCCCUGACCGACAGCCUCGCAGACAUGAAGGAGCGGCUGGGACGAAUGGUGGUAGCCAGUGACAAGAACGGACAGCCUGUGACUGCAGAAGAUUUGGGGGUGACAGGUGCUUUGACAGUUUUGAUGAAAGAUGCAAUAAAACCAAAUCUGAUGCAGACCCUAGAAGGGACACCUGUAUUUGUGCAUGCUGGCCCCUUUGCUAACAUUGCUCAUGGCAACUCUUCAGUAUUGGCUGAUAAAAUUGCUCUGAAGCUGGUUGGUGAAGAAGGAUUCGUAGUAACCGAAGCUGGCUUUGGCGCUGACAUUGGAAUGGAGAAGUUCUUCAACAUCAAGUGCCGAGCUUCGGGCUUGGUGCCCAACGUCGUGGUGCUGGUGGCAACGGUGCGGGCUCUGAAGAUGCACGGGGGCGGGCCAAGCGUAACUGCUGGCGUCCCUCUUAAGAAAGAAUAUACAGAGGAGAACAUUCAGCUGGUGGCAGAUGGCUGCUGUAACCUCCAGAAGCAAAUUCAGAUUGCUCAGCUCUUUGGGGUACCUGUUGUAGUGGCUGUGAACAUCUUCAGGACCGACACCCGUGCUGAGAUCGACUUGGUGUGUGAGCUGGCAAAGCGGGCUGGGGCCUUCGAUGCUGUCCCCUGCCACCACUGGUCAGUCGGUGGCAAAGGGUCCGUGAAACUGGCGAGGGCCGUGAGAGAAGCUGCGAGUAAGAGAAGCCGGUUCCAGUUCUUAUAUGACGUCCAGCUCCCAAUUGUGGAAAAGAUAAGAACCAUUGCCCAGGCUGUCUACGGAGCCAAAGAUAUAGAACUCUCUCCUGAGGCACAAUCCAAAAUAGAACGUUACACUCAACAGGGUUUUGGAAAUUUGCCCAUCUGCAUGGCAAAGACCCACCUUUCUCUGUCUCACCAACCCGACAAGAAAGGGGUCCCAAGGGGCUUUAUCUUGCCCAUCACUGAUGUCCGGGCCAGCAUAGGCGCUGGAUUCAUUUACCCACUGGUGGGAACGAAUGUUCCCAGUGAUGGCAAAUCUUCAGUACUACUGGUCUCGCCGAAGACAGUAGGCAGAGGCCUUUGCUUCAGAGGAAAGGUUCAGAUGGGCAGUGCAGGCCCAGAGAGCCUAGACCGCCAGGAGAGACAAAGGAGCCGUGGGAGCCCUCAGGGAAUGUAAAAGAGUGGACACUCUGAGGAGAAUUUGAGCCUCGUUCCUUUGUCCUGUAUUGUCCUAUACAGAUUCUGAAUCCUGCAGUAGUUCACCCAGUAAAUUCAUUCAUUCAUUCAUUCAUUUGUUCACUCUGCCUAAGGCACUGUGCCCGGUGCUAUGAAAAAAACCCAAAAUAAAGAUGUUUUCUUCACUUCAGGCAGCAUGUAGUUUAUGAGAGGUGGAUAGGAGUGAAUUGAUGAGGAAAGUGGUUUGGUAUAAAAAUUGUGAAUUUUAUUGAUAAUUAGUUUCUGAGCAUUAAUAGUCGCUAACUAAAAAUCAUCAUAUAAUUUAAAAUCUUUAGAGUCAUGAAAUGGAUAUAUAAUCUGAAUCUUCUUUCACCCCAACUACCACCACCCCAUCCAUUGCCAUAUAAAGACCAAAACCCUUCUGGAACAUCAGAAUACUGUCACCUUUGACCUGGGGUUGUUACCGCUCCUUGUAAACACUCCUUCAUCCGUCAUUUCUGACGUCACCCUUUGACUUAUGACUAGUUACAGAGUGAAUAUACGGAAUGGCCCUCCUGGCGCAGCUGCAGGCUCGUUGGAUUUCCUGAAGGGAGCGAGCCCUGUGCUGUUAUCUCUCUUCCCAGCUGAGUUCCUCUUGUGGCCGCACGUCGGGGGCGGCAACGAGCAUGAGUACACUGUGGUAAAAUCCUCCGAAACAAUCAAGAGUGAGGAGCAAGGAAGGAAGCAACGCCUGCCCAGAGCAGUUCCUGGAGGUCAGGAAACCGGUACUUGGAGGUUGUGGCCCUCGAGGUCCGCUUUCUAUGACAGAACAGGAAGCUGAGUGUGGAUCAGGGCAGAUGGCACCAGCAAAGACCAGGAUCUGCUCAUAAGGCUGUUGUUGCUGUUAGGUGCCAUUCAAGUCGGUUCCCACUCAUAGUGACCCUGUGCACAACAGAAUGAAACGCUACCCAGUCCUGUGCCGUCCUCACAAUCGUUAUGCUUGAACCCAUUGUUGUAGCCACUCUGUUGACCAUCUCAUUGAGGGUCUUCCUCUUUUUCACUGACCCUCUACUUUGCCAAGCACAAUGUCCUUUUCCAGGGACUGGUCCCUCCUGAUAACAUAUCCAAGAUACAUGAGACGAAGUCUUGUCACCCUCGCUUCUAAGGAGCAUUCUGGCUGUACUUCUUCCAAGACAGAUUUGUUUGUUCUUCUGGCCAUCCAUGGUAUAUUCAAUAUUCUUUGUCAACAUCAUAAUUCAAAGGCAUCAGUUCCUCUUGCAUCUUCUUAUUCAGUGUCCAGCUUUCAUAUGUAUGUAAGGGAACUAAAAACACCAUGGCUUGGGUCAGGUGCACCUUAGCCCUCAAAGUGACAUCCUUGCUUUUUUAACACUUGAAAGAGGUCUUUGGCAGCCUAAUAAGGGCUGGUAUUUAUUUUUACCGUACCACAUUCUAAGCUUGGCCACAGUCUGCUGAGAAGCUUCCAGCAUUCAUCACCCAUGUGGAGGAUGUAGUAUUAUCAUUUCCUCCUGAGAUGACUAAGGGGCAGGGGAAUAGGAAUGCUGGGGAGACUGGCUCCUGCAGAAGAGAAAAUUCUAGCGUAAUCAAUCACUAUGACUCUUCAUCACUCAACGUGAUUAUUUGAGUGCCUUUGAAAUACAUAUUCAUCUGUUUACUCAGAAAGAAAACCCAAACUGAGGCCGUAAGAUCAGAAAGGUUUUCAAUUCUUCUGCAGUGUUCAUUCAUGCGUUUAGCAAAUAGUUAUUGAAUACCUAUCGUGUGCAAGGCGCCAUAAACUAUAUGGCAAGGAACAGAUCCAGUCUUGCCUGCAGGGACCUUACAAUAUGUGCUAAUAAAUAAAAACCACCAUGCAAGUACCAAAUGCCAAGGGCUUUUACGAAGGGAGAACUCCUCUGUAGGUAUGUGGUCAAGGGAGGUGGAGAGCCCCUCUCCCCACUGACAACUCCAGCGGGUCUAAAAGUAGGGAAUCCCAAUACAAACUAGUCCCUCCUCAAACAGUGAACAUCUUCUUCAUCGCUGACUAUGGAGAUCAGAUGAUGAAGUACUAGAGGGUUCAAUUUUUCCGCUCCCAAGUUAGCUGUCUAUAUAUUUACUAUUCUUAUACAUAUAAAUAUAUACCUGGUGAUGCAGACGGUUCAGUGCUUUACUGCUAACUGAAAGGCUGGCAGUUUGAAUCGACUCAGAGAUGCCUCAAAAGAAAGGCCUGGAGAUCUACUUCUGAAAGAUCACAGCCUUGAAAACCCUGCGGAGCACAGUUCUACUCCGACACACGUACAGUCACCAUGAGUCAGAAUCGGCCUGAUGGCAACUGGUUUUGGUUUGGUAUAUUUACUUUUACCCUAAACCUUUGGAGCUGUGGUGGGUCAGUGGUAGAGUGCUCACCUUCCAUGCAGGAGGCCGGGGUUCGAGUCCCAGCCAGUGCACCUCUUGUGCAGCAACCACCCAUCUGUCAGUGGAGGCUUGUGUGUUGUUUUGAUGCUGAACAGACUCUUUUAGAGUCUAAGAUGGACCAGGAAGAAAGGCCUGGUGAUCUGCUUCCAAAAAUCAACCCCUGAAAACUGUAUGGAUCUCAGUGGUCCAACUCAAUCUGCAGCUGACCAUGGGAAUGGCAAAGGACCUGGCAGCAUUUUGUUACAUUGUAUAUGGGGUUUCCAUGAGUCAAGGACCAACUCCACUGCAGGUAAACAAUCUCAUGCCCCCGCCCCCAAAAUUUUUUUUAUUUUAUUUUAAGUCAUGUUUUUCUAAUGAUGACAUUGUUUUGAUGUGGUCUUUAAGCUUCCCUAAUUUACAAGAACUGUUUAUUCAUUUGGCACAAAUUUCAUAAAACAAAAAUAUAAUAUGUGAGCAAAAUAUGUGAAAUGAUAUUAUUGAGAAGUAACUACAUUUUAUUUUAAAAACCUAGAAAAAUGGACACCAAAUCCCUAUUAACAUUGAGCACUUGAGAUUAUGAGUAAUUUUUCCCUGCUUUCUGUAUAUUUCAGCUUAUUAUGUUGAACAUAUAUUGCUUUUAUAAUAUGAAAAUACAAUAAAUGGGGCAAUGACAAACUAAAAAGCACUUGGCAGGAGUGUUUAACUAGGGUAAAACAAUUGCUCAUAUGGCAUGUGGAACCAGGCUCAGUGCGUCCCCUUACCUAGGCCAGCUCUCCUGCUGUGUUUUAACACCUGAAAAGUUGGACACUGAAGAAAAAGGAUGAAAGAUCUAGAAUGUUCCUAUAAAAACCACCCUCCGAAGUACGGUUUGUCUAGCUCUGUUUGAUGUUUGCUAGCCACAAGGCAGAUGAGUAACUCCUUUCUGAAGUCGUGAUGCGUUUUCAAAACAGUUGAUAUGGAGAAGCAUUCUGCCAAGUGGGAAUUCCUAGCAGAAGUACAUUGAAGUUUUGUUUUUGUUUUUUGGUAUUUGGUAUUUAACUGUUUUCCUUUGAUAUCACAUUGAGGCCAUGAGAGAUGGUCUCAAAGAACUUAGAACAUGAACUCUUCUUUCUGGACAAACAUGGGUAGAAGGUUGUGAUGUGUCCAUUUAUGACAAGAAUCUGGGCUACCAUGUUGGGAUUAAACAGUCUCAUGACUCACCAGAAGGGAGUAAGAUAUCCCUACAGUGUUUAUAUGGUAGUCAAUGCCAUUAGAGCAUUUCUUGGGGGCAGAAUGGCUGCUAGAACUAUAGGGGGAUAGACUAUAGUGCUUAUUCUCCCAAACCAAUGAUGGUAUCGAUGUGUUUAGCAGGGGCACUGCAAGAACCCUGGGUCAGGGCUCAUGGGCCUGGUCCCGUGGUGUGGUUACCCUGUUCAGUUCCUUCCCUCUCUCUUCCUAUAUCCCUCCUCCAUCUCAGUCCCUGUGCCACUACUGGGGCAGAGUAUCUGUGUUAAGUGAGGCACUGCUGUUGUUAGUAGUUGGCAUCAAAUCAACUCCCACUCAUGGUGACCUUACCUAUAACAGAACAAAACAUUGCCUGGUCUUGUACCAUCUCCAUGAUCGUUGGUGUAUUUGAGCCCACUGUUGAGGCUAUUGUGUCAGUUCACCUUGUUGAUGGUUUCUCUUGUUUUUGCUGACCCUCUAUUUUACCAACCAUGAUGUGUAGAUGUGGUUUUUCUCCUGUUGUGAUUUGACUGGGCCCUUCACAGUGUGGAAGUCUUUCCAGGGAAAAGGCACUGAAAAGAUCAGCAGUGAAACCAAUAGUUUUGUUAUCCCUGGGUGGUUCAAAUGGUUAACACGUUCAGCUGCUAACCAAAAGGCUGGAGAUUCGAGUCCACCCAGAGGCACAUCAAAGAAAGGCUUGAUGAUCUACGUCCAAAAACAUCAGCCUUUGAAAACCCUAUGGAGUGCAGUUCUACUCUGACAUACAUGGAGUCGCCAUGAGUUGGAAUCAACCAUGGCAACUGGUUUUACGGUGGCUUUCAGCUCCCCUCUCCGUGACCCUGGCCCAGCCACAUCACUAACCCAGGUGCACCACUGACCUCAUUGCUUGGCUGACUCUGGAAAGCAGGAAACUGCUGGAGUGAGUUUGGGAAAUCAGUGAUGUCAUUCACAACUAAUGCUGGGUGGAGAGUUACUGGACUGAGGCAGGGGACAGAGAGGGGAAUCAGAACGCUGUGGCCCCACCCAUUUGCCAUUUUGUCCGUUCUCACGUUUCUGUUAAGCUCACUUUGUUUUCUCUUCCACUCCCUCUGCUGUAAAAGUAUGCACUGAAUGUUUAGUUUCCUGCUGAUCUGAUUCAGGUCAGUGAUGAUGUUAUUUCCAGGCUUAAAGGGGAUAUUUUUUCUCCUCUAUAUACCAGCCCUACUAUGGGAAUCCUGGUCAUAAACUUGCUUUACUCGGUUAGGCGCGAAGGUGAAUGAAUUCAGACCUCAUGGGUUUAUUACACCUAUUUUUCCUCACAUUUUCCAGGGAUUUACGGCCAGUUACACAGUGAAAAGAUUAAACAUUCCCUCCUCAAGCUGCACUUUAAAUGAGAUGUGUAAACAGUAGAGAGUUCUCCACAGCGUACAAUCCCAUAGAACACCAUUAGUGCCAGCAUGUCCAUCGCAAGUUUUCCAGUGGCCAUGUUGUUGUUGGGUGUCGUCAAGUUUACUCCAACUCACAGCAACCCCAUGUGACAGAGUAGAACUCCCUCAUGGGGUUUUCUAGGCUAUAAUCUUUACCAGCAAGAGGUCAUUAAAAAGACAGGAAAGAAAGAAAAGAACAAAGUGGAUGUCAGAAGAGACUCUGAAACUUGCUUUUAAACUUUGAGCAGCUAAAGCAAAAGGAAGAAAUGAUGCAGUAAAAGCUGAACAGAAGAUUUCAAAGGGCGGUUCGAGAAGACAAAGUGAAGUAUUAUAAUGACAUGUGCAAAGAGCUGGAGAUAGAAAACCACAAGGGAAGAACAUACUCAGCAUUUCUCAAGCUGAAAGAACUGAAGAAAAAACUCAAGCCUCGAGUUGCCAUAGUGAAGGAUUCUAUGGGGAAAAUAUUAAAUGUCACACGAAGCGUCAAAAGAAGCUGGAAAGAAUACACAGAGUCAUUAUACCAAAAAGAAUUGAUCAACAUCCAGCCGUUUCAAGAGGUAGCAUAUGAUGAUCAGGAACCAAUGGUACUGAAGGAAGAAGUCCGAGCUGCCCUGAAAAAAAGUCCUGAAAGCAGUGGUGAAAAACAAGGCUCCAGGAAUUGACGGAAUAUCAAUUGAGAUGUUUCAACAAACAGAUGCAGUGCUGGAAGUCCUCACUUGUCUAUGCCAAGAAAUUUGGAAGACAGCUACCUGGCCAAUCCACUGGAAGAGAUCCUAUUUAUGCCUAUUCCCAAGAAAGGUGAUUCAACUGAAUACAAAUUAUUGAACAAUAUUAUUAAUAUCACAUGCAAGUAAAAUUUUGCUGAAAAUCCUUCAAAAGCCGCUGCAGCGGUAUAUCGACAGGGAACUACCAGAAAUUCAGGCCAGAUUCAGAACAGGACAUGGAACCAGGUAUAUCAUUGCUGAUGUCAGAUGGAUCCUGGCUAAAAGCAGAGAACACCAGAAAGAUGUUUACCUGUGUUUUAUUGACUAUGCAAAGGCAUUCAACUGUGUGGAUCAUAAUAAAUUAUGGAUAACAUUGCGAAGAAUGGGAAUUCCAGAACACUUAAUUGUGUUCAUGAGAAACCUGUACGUAGAUUAAGAGGCAGUCAUUUGAACUGAACAAGGGGAUACUGCCUGGCUUAAAGUCAUGAAGGGUGUGUGUCAGGGUUGUAUCCCUUCACCAUAUCUAUUUAAUCUGUAUGCUGAGCAAAUAAUCCAAUAAGCUGGGCUAUAUGAAGAAGAACAGGGUAUCAGGAUUGGUGGAAGACUCAUUAACAGCUUGUGUUAUGCAGAUGACACAACCUUGCUUGCUGAGAGUGAAGAGGACUUGAAGCACUUGCUGAUGAAGAUCAAAGACCACAGCCUUCAGUAUGAAUUACACCUCAACAUAAAGAGAACAAAAAUCCUCACAACUGGACCAAUGAGCAACAUCAUGAUAAACAGGGAAAAGAUUGAAGUUGUCAAGGAUUUCAUUUUACUUGGAUCCACAAUCAACACCCAUGGAAGUGGCAGUCAAGAAAUCAAAAGACCCGUUGCAUUGGGUAAAUCUGCUGCAAAGGACCUCUUUAAAGUAUUGAAAAGCAAAGAUGUCACCUUGAAGACUAAGGUGCACCUGACGCAAGCCAUGCUAUUUUCAAUCACAUCAUAUACGUGCGAAAGCUAGACGAUGAAUACGGAAAACCGAAGAAGCAUGGACACUUUUGAAUUGUGCUGUGGAAGAAUAUUGACUAUACCAUGGACUGCCAAAAGAACAAACAAAUCUGUCUUGGAAGAAGUACAGCCAGAGUGCUCCUUAGAAGCAAGGAUGGCGAGAGUAUGUCUUACAUACUUUGGACCUGUUGUCAGGAGGCAUCAGUCCCUGGAAAACAACAUCAUACUUGGUAAAGUAGAGGGUCACUGAAGAAGUGGAAGACCCUCAGUGAGGUGGAUUGACACCGUAGCUGCAACAAAUGGGCUCCAGCGUGACGAUGGUGAGCAUGGUGCGGGACCGGGCGGCGUUUCAUUCUGUGGUACGUAGGGUCGCUAUGAGUCGGAAGCAGCUCAAUGGCACCUAACAACAACAACAAUCUUUACCGGAGCAGAUCACCAGAUCUUUCUUCACAGAGCCACUGAGUGGGUUCGAACCACCAACCUUUUGGUUAGCGGAAUGCUUAAUUGUGUGUGGCAUAUUUCUUAUGAAAUCGCCCAUCCCCUCUUCCUUUCUCCUUUUCUUCACUCACCACUUUCCCUGCUUUCUCAUCACUACCCCCACAAGUCCACAAAGAACUUUAGCAUCUUUUACAAAAGGCUCCCCUGUGCCAUUGGGCCCUGAUUUAGCCCAGCACCCGAAAGCUCUUUGAGUAGCUUGAAGUAAACCAGAUUUGAUGUAUACCUGCCUGCAUUCUUGGGUGUCUUAUCGGUAUCCUCUUCUCCACCCAGCUUGAAUCCUUUUCCUACUGCUCUUUCUUAUCUCUGGAGUGCCUGUGUGGUACAGACUCUUAGCAUGCUGCUAACCGAAAGGCUGGAGGUCUCAAUCCACCCAGAGGCACCUCAGAAGAGAGGCCUGGUGAUCUACUUCUGAAAAGGCCAGCUGUCGAGAACCCUAUGGAGCCCGGUUCUACUCAGACAAAUGUGGGGUCGCCAUGAGUCAAAACCGACUUGGCAGCAACUGAUUACUGGUCUUCCUUAUUGCUACAUCAGAAUUUCCUGCUUUCUCCCAAACAUUUGUUUCCUCUUAUCAGUGACAUCACUGCAGCAGGUUGUCUGAUUGUUUGGUAGCCUUCCUCCACAGCAUCAAGAGGAAAGCUUCCUGUGUGUCUGUCCACGAGGGACAAUGUUCCUAUCUUUUCAGCAUGUUGUGUUUCGAGGAAAGGAAGAUGACCAGCAUCAUUCUCAAUUUCCAGAAACUAUUUACCAUAUUGACAAAAGAAAAGAAGGCUUGUGACUCAUGGAAAUGGUGUCUGCCUUUCUGUCAUAGGAGGUUACUCAGGUUCCAUCCAUUUGUUUAGAGAUCUGUUCACCCCUGGUUUGAUGCUAACUUACUUUAGCAUAUAGUAUAAAAGAAUUUUAAAUGAAAUCACCCUCAGCCAGGCAAAUAUGCUGAGUAAUAAUGCUGCCAGAUAUUUUUACUAUUGAGUUGAAUUUUUAACCCGGUGCUGUGAAUCCCCAUGUGUUGGCUCCCUAUUUCUUACUUUCUACAAACCUGGAGAAAGUGCUUGUAAUACUUCAGUGUCCAGCCUGUAAUCAGCGUAUUGAUCUUUGGUUUUCUCUAGAGACUGGUGAAAUAUCGGCCCAUUCCUCUUCCAUUUGCAGUCUACUUGUUUUCUUUCCCCCAUUUUUGGUUUGGAUUCAUAGCAUAAAAUUGACGGUCAAGAUAUAUCCCAGUUCAAAACUUUUGAAAGAUACUCAAUGUCUGGUACUCAUGGAGUUCCUCUUUAUUCUGUGUCUCUUUGUAACAUUCAUUAUACUUUGAUAUCCCAGACUUUUUGCUAAGAGUCACGUAAUCAGAAACAGCUAAGCAAUUUGUACAAGGGAAAUAAAUUAAUACGAAUCAAAAUACCAGCUUUGCAGAUUAAAUAUCCAGGCCACCCUCAGUCAGUUUGAAGGUUUGGUGGGAAUGGGUGAAUGAAAAGAGAAGCUAGACUUAUAAGAAAUCUAUCACUCUUUAAAACUGCCGAUUCUGAUUUCAGGGGAAAUCGCAGUUGGUAACAUCGGGAGCUUCUGGAAGUUUAUAAGCUAAACUGUGUGUUCGUUGUUAAAUGAUCCACACAUAGAUAGCAGAUUAGAUGUCAGAAGAAAUAAAUAUCUUAUUGCGUGUCCCUAUAAAAUAUUUGUGAGAAACUGCUUUUGAGAGAAUUGGCUGCCACCUGCUCUUUUGGGGGUGUCAUUGAAAAUUCACAGCAUUUCAGACUGGUGAGUAUAGCCAUACCUAAGUCAAGCAAGGAACGAGUGUGAGGUAGGUAUUAGGGAAAUAAACUAUGUUGGGAUAAAUGGUCAAAUGAAAGAAUUGUAUAAAUUCCCUGGAGGACCCAGCAUGAAAAUUCACAACCGUAUUGCCAACACCCUUUAAGGAUUUGCUGGGGGACCUGCGUUAAUUAUGCUCCACAGGCUAUUUGUAACAAAAUGUAGGAACCCAUGAAAGUUACCUGUCAUGCCACCUUUUGCCUUCCAGAAUCCAUCGUUCAAUUCCCAAACUUGUCUGGGUUUCUCUUCUGAAUACCUAGUCAGUCAAGCUCCCAAGAUUUCCCCCAGGACUGGAGUUAGGGGUGGGGGGCUUCUAGUGGAAUAUACUUACCGCCUCCAAACACUCCAUGUCACGCUCAAGCACACCCUCCGUGUUUAUGCUGCCAACUGUACCCAACUCAGAUUCAUUGCACUUAUUUCCUUGGGAUGUCCUAUUGCUUACCGAAUCACCUUACCCAGUAUCUCCUGUUAUCCAGGCCCCUCAGCGUAGGGACCCUGUCUUCAAUUUUGUUGACCUUUCCACAAUUGGUAAUCCAGUGAGAAGUAUACUAUGAGAGCUGACUAAAUGUGGUGGUGGUCUCUCAUCUCUGAAAGAGGUAGAGAGCCUUUAAGGAUCCUCUGCCGGUGUGAACUCACCAGCACUCUGAUCCCAGGCUCAAUUACCAGCGUGGAAAAGUUCUUUUUCCUAGGCACCAAUGGGAGAGGCUCAAGUGCUCAAAAAUCUUGCCUACUCUUAACCCUAGCCUUUUGGGACCAGCGUCCUAGUCUUUUUUGUUGAACCAAUUACUGACCAGCUUGACUACAAGACCAGGUCUGAAUACAUGUUUAUUAAUGUGCUUAAAUAUGACUCCUGAGGACCUGGGAGGAUGGACCCAGAAGAAUGCAAAAUGGUGUUGCAGUGAUGGGGAUCAGAUUGGCAAGAGCCCUGCGGUUAGAGGUGCCUGUUUGGCCUCCGUGUAAACUUGUUCAUCAGACUGUUGGAAAUUAGUUUCUAAAGUUCAGGAGACAGACCAGGGUUAAAAUUUGGGAUUUAUUUACAUUGGCUUGAUACACAGUCUCUAAAUUUCCUUCCAAUUCAAAAAAUUCUUGAGCGUCUAGUACGCAUUGUGCACUGAGGUUACCAAGAUAGAAAAGACACAAACCCUGCCCAGAAAGCAUCAUGCUGAGGGAGGCCGGCAAACUAAUCCAUGCCAGUAAAGAGCUUAUAGGUGCCAGGACACCAAGGGGCAGGAAGGAAGGGGGAUGGUCAGUUCCUCUGGGGGAAUGACGGCUGUGCAGAGAACCUUCCAGAAGUGCAUUUGAGGUGUCCUAAAAAAGAGUGGGUGUUUAUGGGGCAGGGGUGAUGUAUUCCAGACAGAGCAGUGGGUGGGACCCCAAACACAGAAGGCCUUAGAGUUGAAGCUGGGAGUUAAACUUGACCCCAAAGGCAGUGAAGAGGAGCCAUCAAAAGCCCUUAAAGAACAAUUAUGCAAUCAGGCCAUUCCAUGGCAUUUGCACAGCUCUGGAAGCACCACUUCCGUAGCAGUCUGUAUGCAUAGUGGUCCCUGGAGUUGAGCAGGCCAACCCACAUGUCCACAGUGCAGGGGCUUGCAGCCGUUCUGUAUUGUCUUUUGUGCAGAACAGCAAAAUGUCCAGCAGUUUCCCUGCCCAGCUGUGUGGUCCCUGCCACAGGAUAGGUCUUGUGGGCAGGAAGUCAGAAAUGUCAGAAUGGGCAGCUCCAGGUUGGGCCAGUAAGCGAGUCAUUUCUACAUUCUAGGAUCUCCUCUUGAGGGUAUGGUGAAAUGACUGGCUUCCUUGUUGUUUAGUCAUUAAGCCUCAGUAAUUUAGUUUUUGAAUGAGCUGCUAUUUUACCCACCUGGAAAGCAUUUUUAAUUGAAUCAAGUGUUGUGAAAUGGCAUACAGGAUUACAAAUGAGUGAUUCUCUAAAUUCUUUAUGUAUAAACAUGGGAAGGAACAACAAAUUCUGGAAGCUGGGAGCUUGUCUGGCCUCAACGUGGAGGGAGUUGCCCCCUUUGCAGCUAGUCCUUGUGAGAGGUCAUGGAAAUAUAAGUCAAAACUAAAAACAAGUCAGCAGCUUUUAAAGUUGUUUCAAACCAUAUUGUACAAAUAGAAUUGCCCUACAAACAGUGGAGGCAGUCUACGCUUUGUCUGAGAUGCCAUGCAUUAUUUGUCUAACUUGCACAAACCUGUCCCGUUCCAACUUUGUUGUUAACUGCAUUGAGUCGGCCACCAACUCAAGGGGACCCAUAUACAACAGAAAGAAAUGCUGCCCAGUCCUGCCCCAUCCCCACAAUUAGUUACAGAUCACAUGGUUGUGAUCCAUGUGGUUUUCACUGGCUGAUUUUGGAAGUAGAUCUCCAGGCCUUUCUUCCUAGUCUGUCUUAGUCUGGAAGCUCUGCCGAAACCUGUUCAGCAUCAUAGCAACAUGCAAGCCUCUACCAACAGACGGGUGGUGGAUUGACUGGGCGCCAAAUCCACAUGGGAGGCGAGAACUCUGCCACAAAUCACCACCGCCCGUUCCUGUCCAUUAGAAUCCUCUGUUUUCACCUUGCGUGCUGUUGUACCACAAUCGCAUUGUAGGGCUCUCGGGAACAGGACCUGGAUUUCUGUUCCCUUUGCCCUUUCUUUUUUAUGGUGUGGUCGACACUACUUCCAAGUGGCAAAGAGUCAACUUGUCAUCAAAGCUCUACAGUCACAACAAUAUGUGACAAAUUCUCUUUUGUACCCUAUCAUCCAAGAGCCCUGAUAGUAUAGUGGUUAAUGCUUUGGACUCUUAACUGGAAGGUUGGUGGUUCGAAUCCAUCAGGCACUCCUUGGAAACCCUAGGGGGCAGUUCUGCUCUGUCAUGUGGGGUCGCUAUGAGUCGGAAUUGACUCAACAGCAACAGGUGGUCCAAGAGAAGCAUAAAUCCAACUCUGAUUCUAAUAUUGAGAGGCAGUUUUUAGUCUCGGCCUGAGAACAUCCAUAUUGGCAUGGCUCUCACACAGCCUGGUCUGCAAAGGGUCAGUAGAGCUCCCAGCUCUGUGUUGCUGGCAUCUCCUCUCGAGUUGAUACACCAGCAUUAAUAGCAAAUGACUGGUUUGGAAUCCUGGAUACCAUUUAAUAACGCUUAAUUUCAUUAAAAUUCUUUACAUGUGGGUAAAAAUCAUUGCAUGGAUAGCUGUAAAUUCUUUAUAAUUUGUGAUAACUGUAACUGCUUUUCUUCUUAAAGCUGUUUUGAGAGCUGGAGGUUGUUAUUUCCAUUUUGAUAAGUUUGUCAUAAAGAGUGGAAUGUGCUCCUUUCUGGAGAUGGAGAAGCUUUGGCAGGGAGAGAAAAGAACGACACCAAACAGCCUAACGAUGGGAUUCCUCACCACAGGAGAUCUCUUCGGCUCCUUUGAAGCACUUUUAGCUUUCAUUUGAGGCAUAAAUUGGAACCUUAUAUCUUUCUUUGGAGUAGGAAGCAUUUCAGACAGGAGGAAACAAAAAAUGAUAGCUACAACCAUACCACUGGAAAAAGAACAGAAGUUUUCAUGAAGAAUAAUAAAAUUAAGUUUACACGUUAAAACUUCAGACAGAAUUCUUUUCUUUGGGCAGUAAAUAGUUAAUAGCACAUGCAGACCUGGUUGGAGACACUGCAGCACACAAAAAAAACACAGGCCCAUAAAUCCUUCACCAGCACUUCUCUGUGGUCACAUAUUCAAGCUGAGGACAGUGACUGAGCUGACUGAGCGGUCCCGUUCAUCAGAAGUCUGCAGCCUCGCCUGAAGCCCCACCUCCCGUCGACGCCGCUGUCUACGUGCUGUUACUUUAAAAGCGGAAGCUCUGCCUACAAUAGUCCUGUACAUUUUUUGCAGAUCUUCAAUUGUAGUUUAUUGUUUUUUUUGUAUCUUCCAUGUUCUUGAGCACAUAGUUGACACCCUUCUAGCCCCAAAAUAAUAAUUUUUUUCUGCUAAGUAUAAUAUAUAAUCAAAAAGGAUUCACUGAGAGGAGGACUAAAGAUAGUAAUGUCUAGGUAAUUUCAGGAGCAGAAUGAUUAUGUUGAAACGUAGGCAGUAAUUACUUCUGCCGCCAUUUGAGAUGAUGUUCGUAAAGAAUGUUGAACGACUUGGAGAAAUAACUGAUUUGUUUGGGGGCAAAAAAUAAGAUGAUGAUGUUGUUAGCUGCCUGCCACCAAGUCGACCCCUGACUCGCUGCGGCCCCUAAACAAUGGAAAAAGCGCUGCCCGGUCCUGUGCCAUCCCCAUGAUCAGUUGCAGGUUGGCCUGUGGUGAUCCAUAGGGUUUUCACUGGCUGAUUUUCAGAAGUAGAUCACCAGGCCUUUCUUUCUAGUCUGACUAAGCGUUCAUAGCAACGCUAAAGCCUCCACUGACAGAUGGGUGGUGGCUCCGCUUGAGAUAUAUUGGCCAGGAACCAAACCCAGGUCGAAAAUGAGAUGUUUUCAACAACGUGAAAAUGCAUAGAAUAGCAAGUAGAAGCAAAGGAAUGUUUAAAUAAAUUAUAAUGUUAAUAAAAAUUAAAACCAUAGUAAGAGCUAACUUUUACUGAGCACUUACUAGGUGCCAGGAGCCCCAAUGGUUAAGAGCUCAACAGCUAACCAAAAGGCCAGCAGUUUGAAUCCACCACCUGCUCCUUGGUAACUCUAUGGGGCAGUUCUACUCUGUCCUAUAGGAUCGCUCUAUCGGAAUCCACUCCUCGGCAAUGGGUUUGGUUGGUUGGUUGGUUGGUUGGUUGGUUGGUUGGUUGGUUGGUUGGUUGGUUGGUUGGUUGGUUGGUUGGUUUGGUGGGUUGGUUGGUUGGUUGGUUGGUUUUACAAGGUGCCAGGCAGGGUUCUGAGGGUUCUGUCUGUAUUAACUUAUUGAAUGCUCACAGCACCCUUUCAGGUAGGUAAUUAGGUAAUAUCACUCUCUGUUUUACUCACAGAGAAACCGAGGCGCACAGAGGUUAAGUAACUCAUCUUGAUCAUAGAGCUAGAAAGUGACAGAACCAGCAUUCAACCCCUGCACAGCCUCCCAGAAAUAUUAUACCAUCUUGGUGCCAAUUGUGUGGUCUUAUUUUCACAUCCUACAAGUUAUUGUAGUUGGCCCGUGAUUCUGUUCACCAUCUAAUUAGAAAGAGUGGCUUCAUCUAUCUACUCUAAAACUAAUACCAUUUAUGUUGGCUUGUUGUUUAAUAUUCAUUAAUUCCACGUAGCCUUUAAAGUUCUAGUAACUCCAGAUAAAUUUUCUAACUGGUUUUUUCUAUUGGCCGUCAGGAAGCUUUGUGGCUCCAAAGGAAACAUGUGAAUUGUGCCUUGUUAAGGUUUUCUUAUAGCUUUCCUGGUUGACCAGUAACUUGCUUUGGAAGUCUUUGAAGCCAAAAUAACAUCAGCAGCAUUUUAUGGUGUGAAUCCCACAGUUACUGUCACCCAAGCUUAAUGUGCCUGAAGCAAGCCCGGGACUAUUUCCUGAGAGAAACCUGGCUUCUCCUAUCUUUGGGGAGGGUUGAUCAUCUCUUUAGGUGAGAGGCUUGAUUUGAUUCCUCAGUUUCACAGAAAUACUGUCAACCCCAGUGGCCAAGUGUUUGAUCUGUGAAGUAUAGGAACACAUUCCGUUAGCAUGAUGGAAUAGAUCUGCACCAUGCCAUUGCAGAGAAUAUUACCUUGAACUUGAACAUUACCUUGAACAGUCUGCUACCCAACUUUUUCUUAGAGGCCUGCUUGGGAAAUGGAGUUUCUGGAGAAUUACCUAAGAUCCUACUCUGUCCAUUCCUAGUUUUUGUCCCCAGAUCAAGCUGACCCUCGGGGUGCUGUGUACUUCGAUUGCAUGGAAUUGCUUUCAGUAACAUUUUCUUUGGCAUCAUAUCCUUGUCCUCGGGGCACUGAUGCUGGAAGAAGCCACCUUACCGGCAUGCUACUGCAGGGCACAUCUCCUCUUACUCGGUUGUUUCCUCCAAAAGCUCACACAAAAGGGCGCGGGGGGGUGGCUCUUGGGCACUCCUUUUGCACCCUGGGCUUCUCCUAUUGUAGCUCUUACAGCUCUGAGUUAUGAGGCCUCUGUUUGUCUGUUUCCCCACAGUAUUAACCCUGGGAGGGCAGGAACCAACUCCUGUUCAUCUCUGAGUCCCAAAUGCCAGGCCCGACUUGGCACACAGUAGGUGUCUAAUAUGUAUUGAAUGAGUUUUUCUAGUUCUAAGUGACAGAGUUUAUAAGGGGUUUUUUUUAGCCUUUUUUUUUUUCUUUGCUUAUUCCCCUGGGUAAUAGAAAUGGCCUUUUCCUCAUGAGAAGGCAUAUCCUAAGGUUCCUAAGGUUGAAUGUCUUUCCAUUUUUGCUUUGGUUGCCAAGAAGUUCUAAAACUAACCAACAGCUCAACUCUAAUGAUGGUAGGAUGCCUGGACCACGCAUAUACUUUCUAACUGAAUCUUGAUUCUUAUUCAGUAUAUAUUUUCCAUGAUUCUGUCGGCCUAAUUUUUUAAAUUGUAUUAUACGGUAAGCCACCUCAAGCUCUUUGCUGGAACCUCUACCUUUUGGAUUGGACGUAUAGAAGAUAAGGUGCCAAAUAUAUUAAUAAUGGUGCCGCCCCAGUGUGCUUGAAGACCUAUGAGACCUGAGCUUUCAAAAAAAAAAAUUAUACAGACAUACACUUUAAGAUAGUGUUUCUACCUUGUCCUCUUCAAUUGAAGCACUCCAGGGAACAAUCUUUCCUUUGAGGGAAGCAGUGGACAGAAUCACCAUUUUCAUUUCCAUUCAAGGACAAACCAUGGAUCCUUUAUUGAGGGUUUGAUUUUAACCUCUUUUCUUGCCUCAUUUCCAUAUCUAGUAAGAGUGUCAGUAAAUCAACUGCAUUGGUAUUUUCAUGAAAUAGAAAUAGCUCCACAAGAGAGAGAUAAGGAGGAUGUGUACCCAGUACAGCAAGCCCACUGGGAGAGGCAGGGCCACAUUGGGGUUGGUAGAAGAGCCUGAAGUGGGGGCCCUGAUUGUCCUAAUGGAGGCCGCAUUUCAGAUCUUAUAGAAAGCUUGUCACUAUGCUUUUCAGACAUGUGCAUUUUGUUUUGUUUGCUUUUAAGGCUGACUUGCAGGCUGAGGGCCAGCCAGGAUCAUUAAUCCUGUUAUACAUUUGCAAUUUUUUCAGCAGGAUAGAUGGUAAUUAGCCUCCAGAAGCCCGUUUAACCCCUAAGAUAAAGUUGCAUCAUGAAAAUUAUGAUUUAUGGGGAUAUGUGUCAUUUGCCCCAGUUAGAAGGGAGGUCAGUGGUUCAGGAACACCCACAACCCCACAGCUGCAAUGGACCCUGGUCCCCUCCUGUCUGGGGACCCUGCUCAAGCCAGUCUUGUGUACAUGGGCCCGUUGGUCAGAGAGGCUGGCAGGUGUGGACCAAGGAUUGUUUUUACCGUGUUAACUCCCUUGAACAACACCUUGGCCAACACUGUGCAUUUCACAAGGCUUCUAAAGGAUCUUUUCUUUUUAGAGAAGUAAGGCCGCAUCUCAGCAAAGGGCAGGGGGGUGCAGUGGUAAGCACGCUGUACAGGAACUCAGGGCAUCUACACAACUGGACUUAAACUUCCGUCUCAGCCACCGAGCAAGCCCCUUCACCUCUUUGGUGAGCUGAUGUCUCCCAUCCCUUUUAGCCCCAAGGAACUGUAGUUCUUAAUGGGGUCUUUUCAUGUUUUUAUAAAACCCAAAUAUAAACUUUGAAAAUGGUGCUCUUUUUGAUGAGAAAUGACAACUGCAAAAUGAUUAAAAUGUUAGAAAAGCUACCAGCUACUCGCCUGAAGUAUUGAGGCUCUGUUCUCAUACUUUUGUUAAAUAAUUUUUAUUCCUGUAAACUCUUAGAGAUAGUAAGUAUUCUUACUCAUCAAACUCGGUGGAGAUGGGCAGUCCUCAGACAUUUCUAAAGUGUGCACGUUGCUGGAUUGGAAGCUCUCAGGCUGGGAGCUGCCUCUGCUCUCUGGUGUGCAGUUAUAGAUGGUUAGAAGAUGGUGGGGGAGGGUCAUUCCUCAGUGUGUUAUAUAACGCACUGAGGAGUCAUCAGUUGAUUUAUGAGUAAGUCGAUGCUUUCAAUGGAUUUUGGCUUUGGCUUGUUCCACACUCAGUUUCUUCAUGUGAUGUAGGAAUAGUGCCGUGUGGGCUGGGCAAGGACAUUCAGGAUUUAAGUGAACGGCCAGGCAGGCCAAGGUUGGCAAGGGGACCUCUCUACAAUGAACAACACUGAAUUUAUGGGAAGCAGUUCACCACCAUCUGCUGAAAACAGCUCAGUCAGUAUUUACAUAAUACAGAAUUGCAUUUAGAUGGGAUGUGGACAUCAGAAGGUACAGAACCACAUGGAAUUUAGAAAAAGGAGCACUGGAGAAUAAGAUUUUGUUGUUGUCCCCCACAACAACCAGGUGACAGAGUUCUUGAGAAUGACUAACCUUUCUUUAGAUACAUGAUCCUCAGGCCAACAGUGGUGACUCAUUGGACCACUGUAGCUUAGUGAAUACAGCACUAUGCCACCUUACAAAUACCUUAUUUCUGAUUUACUCAUUCAAUAUUUUCUGAGAAGAGUAUGUAAUAGGCCAUGAGGAGAAAAGCAAACAAAAACAACAAAGGCCUGGGGGCCUGAUUUUCAACAUAAAUAGCCUAUCAAAAAAAAAAAAAACUAAAAAUACACAAACAACAGAACAUAAAUUAGAUAAUUGGGACCUCCUAAAAAUUAAAUACUUAUGCUCAUCAAAAGACUUUACCAAAGGAGUAAAAAGAGAACCCACAGACUGGGAAAAAAACCUUUGCAACAACAUACCUGACAAGGGUCUAAUCUCUAAAAUAUGUAGAAAACUUCAACAAUAAAACGACAAACAAUCCAACCAAAAAAUGGGCAAAGGACGUGAACAGACACUUCACAAAAGGACAUUUAGGCAGCCAAUGAAUACGUGAAAAGAUGCUUGCAAUCAUUAGCCAUAAGAGAGAUGCAAAUCAAAACUACACUGGAGAUACCAUCUCACCCCUUCAAGGAUGGGAAUGAUCAAAAAAACAGAAAACAACAAAUGCUGGCAAAAUUGUGGGGAGAUUGGAACUCUUACAUACUGCUGGUGGGAUUGCAAAAUGGUACAACCAUUAUGGAAAACAGUAUGGCACUUCCUCAAAAAGCUAGAAAUAGAUAUACCUUAUGAUUCAGCAAUCCCACUCCAAGAGAUAUAAGAGCAGUGACAUGAAUAGAUGUAUGCACACUUAUGUUCAUUGAGUUAGUCACAAUUUCAAAAAGGUGGAAACAACCUAAGUGCCCAUCAACAGAUGGAUGGAUAGAUUGUGGUACAUACAUACAGUGGAAUACUACACAACUAUGAAGAAUAAUGAGGAGCCCGCAAAACAUCUUAUAACAAGGAUAAAUCUGGAGGACAUUAUGCUGAGUGAAAUAAGUCAGUCACAAAAGGAUAAAUACUGUGUGGUCCCACUAUUAUAAAAAAAAAAAAAAAGUCAAGAAUAGACAUACACACGGAAAGCAAUGUUCUUUUAUGGUUACCAGGGAUGGGAGGGGGAGUGAGAAGGAAUCACUUUCUAGAUAGUAGAUACUUGCUAUUUCCGUUGAUGGGAAAGGCAGUACUCAAUAUGGAUGAAGUCUGAACAACUUGACUGAGGUAAAUGAAGACACUAAAAGUACACAAGAAAAAGGGACAAUUUCAGUGGACGCUAUUAACAUAUACAAUUUUGCAACAACAGUAAUAACAAGCAAAAAUAUAUGAGUGGUUACAUAGGUAGGUAUGUAUGUAUGCAUGUGUAUGGGAAGGCAUAUACGAGUAAAUGCACGUGCAUGUAUAGGCGUCUUUGUAGGCACAUGUAUAUAUUGUAUUUUUACACAAAUAAUUUGUGCUUUCUGCAUUUGUUUGCAGGCCACACCCUCCCCCACAAGGCACCCUCACAAGCCCCUCCGAGCCAUGCCAGUCCUCUUCCACAUGCUGCUAUAAAAAAAAAAAAAAAAUUAGCAUAGAUUGCUUGCAAAAAUACCUUGUAGGGGAGAGCAUGGCUGGCAAACAAACGCAGAAAGUGCACGUUAUUUGUGUGCUGCAUAUGUAUCCAUAUAUAUAAUAAAGCACAUGGGGGCACAGUUACGGAGACUUCCAAGACAUAUCCAAACAACUUAUGGGAUUGGUUUACUGGGCUAAAAGGCAUAGGACUGUAGUCUUAUGGGACAACUUUGUCAAUUGGCAUAGCAUAGUUCACAAAGAUAGCAUUGUACAUCCUACUUUAGUAAGUAGUGCCUAGGGUCUUCAAAGCUUGGGAGCGGCCAUCUAAGAUACAACUAUUGGUCUCUGCUCACCUGGAGCAAAAGAGAAUGAAGGAAACCAAAGAUUCAAAGAAGAAACUGCUCCACAGGACUAACAGCCCACACGAACCAAAGCCUCUUCUAACCUGAGACCAGAAGAACUAGAUGGUGCCUGGCAACCACUACCCAUCAUUCUGACCAGGGACACAAUAGAAGGUCCCAUAUAAAAUGAGAGAACGUAGAAGAAAGUUCAAAUCCCUAAAAAAAAACCAAACCUACUGGACUGAGAGACUAGAGGAAAGCCAGAGACUAUCAUCCUAAGAAAUACUUUGAACUUGGAACUGAAGCUUUUUCUGGAGGUCACCUUUCAGCCAAAUAAUAGGUUGGCUUAUAAAAUAAACAAUGAGUAAUGUGCUCCCUUAAACAAUCAACUCUAUGAAAUCAAAUGAUCAAUAUUUAAAGCAAAGAUGAAAAGGCAAGGAGGGGAAGGGAAGCUAGAUCAAUGGGAAAUAGAAGGAACAGAAUGGAAAUAAUGAAAAUGCUGACAUAUUGUGAAAAUUGUAAUCAAUGUCAUGGAACAGUUUGUAUAAAAAUUGUGAAAUGGGAACCUAAUUUGGUGUAAGCUUUAACCUAAAACACAAUAAAAUAUUUUAAAAAACAACAACAAAGGCCCGGACCUGGCUGUCCAGGAGUUCAGAGGCUACUGAGGGGCACAAGUUAAAUCCAAGACAACUGAAGGGCUCCCGGCUGAGACAGAGGGAAACCGAGGGGCCUCGGGCUCACAGGAGCAGAUCGCACCAAGGGCUGGCAGAACUCAGGAAGCUAGGGACGGGAUUGCCUCAGCCCGAUCAUGAAGGACAGUAACAGGUGAACCAGGUUAUGGGGGAGAGAAGGGCAUGCUAGACAGGGGCAGUAAGUACAAGACAGAGAACAUUGCAAAAAUUCUUUAAUGUGGCCAUCAUGGUACCAGACUACUGGGGGACCUGGAAUGCGUGGUGAACAGUGACACUAGACAGGACAGCAAGGUUCAGAUCAUGGAGGCCUUGAGGGUUGUUAUGGAUUCAAUUGUGUCCCCCCAAAAUGUAUAUCAUCUUGGCUAGGCCAUGAUUCCCAGUAUUGUGAUUGUCCUCCAUUUUGUCAUCUGAUGUGAUUUUCCUGUGUGUUGUAAAUCAUUAUCUGUAAUGAGGCAGGAUUAGAGUCAGUUAUGUUAAUGAGGCAGGACUCAAUCUACAAGAUUGUCAUCAUUGUUAGGUGCCCUUGAGUCAGUUCCCACUCACAGUGACCCCCAUGUACAACCGAACGAAACAGUGCCCGAUCCUGUGCCAUCCUCACAAUCGUUAUGCUUAAGCCCGUUGUUGCAGCCACUGUGUCAGUCCAUCUCAUUGAGGGUCUUCCUCUUUUUCUCUGACCCUCUACUUUUUCAAGCAUGAUGUCCUACUCCAGGGACUGGUCCCUCCUGAUAACAUGUCCAGAGUAUGUGAGACUUAGUCUUGGCAGCCUUGCUUCUAAGGAGCAUUCUGCUCAUACUUCUUCCAAGACAGAUUUGUUCAUUCUUUUGGCAGUCCAUGGUAUAGUCAAUAUUCUUUGCCAACACCACAAUUCGAAAGUGUCCAUUCUUCUUUGAUCUUCCUUAUUCAUCAUCCAGCUUUCACAUGCACAUGAGGCGAUUGAAAACACAAUAGCUUGGGUCAGGUGCAACUUUGUCUUCAAGGUGACAUCUUUGCUUUUCAACACUUUAAAGAGGUCUUUUGCAGCAGAUUUACCCAAUGCAAUGAGUCUUUUGAUUUCUUGACUGCUGCUUCCGUGGCUGUUGAUUAUGGAUCCAAAGAAAAUGAAAUCCUUGACAACUUCAAUCUUUUCUCCAUUUAUCAUGAUGUUGCUUCUUGGUCCAGUUGUGGGGAUUUUUGUUUUCUUUAUGUUGAGGUGUAAUCCAUACUGAAGGCUGUAGUCUUUGAUCUUCAUUAGUAAGUGCUUCAAGUCCUCUUCACUUGCAGCAAGCAAGAUUGUGUCAUUUGCAUAAUGCAGGUUGUUAAUGAGUCUUCCUCCAAUCCUGAUGACCCGUUCUUCUUCAUAUAGUCCAGCUUCUCGGAUUAUUUGCUCAGCAUACUGAUGGAAUAGGUAUGAAAGGAUACGACCCUGACGCACACUUUUCCUGACUUUAAACCGCGCAGUAUCCCCUUGUUCUUUUUGGACCACUGCCUCUUGAUCUAUGUACAGGUUCCUCAUGAGCACAAGGAAGUGUUCUGGAAUUCCCAUUGUUCAAAAUGUUAAUCUACAAGAUUAGGUUGUGUUUUAAGCCAGUCUCUUUUGAAAUAGUAAAUAGAGACGUGAGUAGAGAGACAUGGGGCCCCCAUACCACCAAGAAAUAAGAGCCAGGAGAAUAGCACGUCCUUUGGACCCGGAGUCUCUGCACUGAGAAGCUCCUCAAUCAGGAGAAGAUUGAUGACAGGAACCUUCCCCCAGAGUGGACACAGAGAGAAAGCCUUCCCCUGGAGCUGGCACCCUGAAUUCUGACUUCUAGCCUCUUAGACUGUGAGAGAAUAAAUUUCUUUUUGUUAAAGCCAUCCAUUUGUGGUAUUUCUGUUAUAGCAGCACUAGAUGACUAAGAUAGCAGUCAAGCUUUAGAGUCAGGACUUUAUAAUGAAGGGCUGGGGAAUUGGAAGCAGAGCAAUGUCACAAUUAUUUUCACAUUUUAGAAAGAGCAUUCAGGCUGCAGUCUGGAAGAUGGAGUAGAGAAAGCAGAGAUUAGACACAUGGAGACUUAAUUAGGAGGCCGUAGUCAUUACGGAAGGAUCCUUGGGUGGUGCAAACAGUUAACGUGCUCAGCUGCUAACCAGAAGGUUGGAGUUCCAAGUCCACCUGGAGGAGCCGCAGGAGAAAGCCUGAUGAGUCACCUCCGAAAGAUCACAGCCAUCGAAAGUGCUCUGGAGCACAGUUCCACUCUGACACAAAGGCCAUGAGUCAGAAUCAAUUCAUUGGCAACUGGUUUGGGUUUUUGCUCGGUCAUUGUGGAGGCAAAAUAUACACAGGCCUCAACUGAGGAAGAGGCAGUGGAGAUGAGAGGAGGAGAUGGGUAUGGGAGAUAUUAUGGAGGUGGAAUGAACUGGACUCAGUGGCAAGUCCAAAAAACAGGAGAGGGGAAGAGAGAACUCAAGAAUAACUCUCAGAUUUCCUGUUUGCUCCCCCUGCUGAGUCAGGUUGUCAUUUGCUUAAAAUCAAAAAAACCAGUUGCCAUUGAGUCAGUUCCAGCUUAUGGCAACCUCGUGUGUGUCAGAGUAGAGCUGUGCACUGUAGGGUUUUCAGUGGCUGAAGUUUUGGGAUGUACAUUGCCAGACAUUUCUUCCAAGGACCCUCUGAGUGGACUUGAAGCUCCAACCAAUGAGUGCAUUGACCAUUUGCAAGUAAUAAUUGGCUUAUAGAUAUUACAGUAUACUGCACUCACCUAAGUCAUUUACUUACACAAGUAGUAAAGGAGGAAUAACCAAUUUUAAAAGAAAGAUCAUUAUGUUGGGAGUCCCCCAAGCCACCUCUAAGUUCAGUGGUUCACAGACUCAGCAUAUAGGCAUAUUCACACUAUGAUCUAUUGCAGCAAAAUGAUACAGAACAAAAUCAGCAAAGGAAAAAGGUACAUGGGCAAAGUCCAGAGGAAACCAGGAACAAGUUUCCAAUAGUCCUCUCCCUGUCGAGUCACACAGAACACGCUUAAUUCCGCCAGCAUCAAAUUGUGACAACACGUGAAAGGCCUACUAGCAAAGCUUGUUAGAGACUCCGCUCCAAAAAUUCCAGACUCUCAAAAAGAAAGCAGGUGUUUAGCAUAAACUACAUUAUGCAAACAAUUUAGGCACAGUGAGCCACGCUUAUCAGUUAAGGAAUGGUGGGAACCCUCUAAAGUCCUUAGAAGUCUUUGACACCAACCUCGCAAACAGACCUUCCUGAGGAUGAUACUCUCAGACCUGCUCUGUUAACUCUUUCUGCACAAUAAUGAGUUCGUUUUUGAGCGUAUUGAGUCUGAAGCAUUUGUUAUAAGUUCCAGGGAAGAUGUCCACUCAACAACUGGGUAUUGUCUCUAAGGUUCAAUGAAGAGAACUGAGCUAUAAGUGAAAAAUUCUGGAGUCUUUAGCACCUAACCAGAACCAGUUGCAUGAAGUUGCUUCUUAAUCAUGGUUGACCCCAUGUGUGUUAGAGUAGAAUUGUGCUCCAUAGAAUUUUCAGUGGCUGAUUUAUCAGUAGAUUGCCAGGCCUUUCUUCUGAGGCACUUCUGGGUAGACUCGAACCUCCAACCUUUCAGUUAGCAGCCCAGCACCUCAACCAUUUGUACCACUCCAGGACGUCUCAGCACCUUAGAUGGUCAAUAAAACCAAGGUCACACAGAGUGAAAGUGGCAGCCCUCUGUUUCUGUGAACCACCGUGCGAGAGAUCACCCAAGUCAAUUCCCUCUUUAUAUAAGUGACAAAAUGGGGCCCAGAAAGAAGUGGUGCACGCUUUGGUUUUUAUUUCAAGUCUAUUGUUUUUUCCAUCGUUCUGCACUAUCUCUCAAAUGACAGAGUUAGAAAUUGUCCAUAGAUGAAUAAAAUGGCAUUUAAAUUAUAAGACAGGCCCUUGUAAGUUUGGUUAAUGUAACUUCUUUCACAAGGAGCCUGAUCCUUGGACUCGGAAAGGUAGAAAAGUAGAGUUGAUCCCAUAAAGCCCUCCACCUGGAAGAAGUUUCUAAGCAGCCUCUAAAUCAGCCCAUUCAUGUUCCAUCAACCUGGAUUAUCACGGGGCAAUAAAUUAUUAAGACCUUUCUCUCCUCACUCUUGAGUCCUGUCAACAAAUUUUUAUUUUAUUCCUAGCUCUCUGUUAGCCACUAGGAAUAAAAUGCUAGAUGUGACAGAGUCUUUGCCCUGAAGUUGGUAUAUUCUAGGGCCAGGAGAGAUAAACACAUGUAUACAGGCAGUCCCCGGGUUAGGAACAUCUGACUUCCGUACAGCCUGUACUAACCAACCCCCAUAAAGCCUAUUACAUUACGAAUUUAAGGAACAUACAAAGGCGCUACUUUGUGGCACACAUCAAAACAUAUUACUGUAUUGCUAUGUUAAAGAUGUUUUCGUGGGUCUGGAUGUGUUUCUUUAGUGUUUUUUUAUGCAUAGAAAGGCACCCGUAUACUAUAUAUUAAGACAGACGUUUGCCUAACUGAUGUUAGACUUGAAGGCAGCCUUAGGAACUCGUUCAUGAUCUGGGGACUGCCUGUAUUAGGAGUGCGUUGGUGGCGGGGGCAGGCAGAAUGUCGUCACCUCUUGGAUAUGCAAAAUCAAAAAAAGUCAAACUCAAAACAAGUUAAUCAUUUGCUUGAAGUUCUGGGAAUAGAUAAAGUGGAACUUGAAAACUGUAAAAGAACAUCGUUGCAUUUUUAUCCAGUUUUGGGUUUCAUUCUUGAGUGGCCUCUAACUUGGACAGAAGAAUAAUAGGAAGCCAUAUAACCGUUGGUCUGUGAGACUUGCAUUUCACACAGUGCAUGGGAUCGCACUCUGGUCCCAGGAGUUAACUUUUGUGCCUAGAUAAGUGACCUGACCUGAUAGCCCCACCAGCCUUUUUCGGGCUAGUUUGGAAGCACUUGCCUCUGCUUGCCGCUGCUUUUUAUACAGUUACACAUCCCACCCGUAACAACAGGCAAUUUUGCGUUAUUCUGAGUUAUCUCAGGAGAUGGCAUGAAAUAUGUGCCAAGUCGGACUUAAGGGUAGGAUGUAAAUUUUAAAACAAGUUGCAGGUCAAAAUAGAUAUUGAAAAGAAAACUAAAAUACUUCUCGGUGAAAUCUGUAUUCCUAUCUCAGCCUCAUUUACUGCCUCAUUUGUCAUCUGAGCGGUCUUUGUUCUUCAGCUUUCCAACAUGAUUAAUUGACGGUGCGCGGCAUAGCAUAGGAAAGAAGCUGGGUGUUUUAUGAGAUGAGUAAUCUCGCUAAACGCCCAUCUUUCUUCUAUCCUUUACCAAAAAAUAUGUCUUAUGCAGAUGGAAGGGCAGCUUGCUUAUUUCCCUGUUCAAAAGUUGGGCCUCUUUAGCAUAGCAUGUUUCCACUCCAUUAAGCUAGCCAAAAAUAAUAUUGACAAAUUCGUGAAGCCUUCCAUCUGAUACUGUUGCAAACUGAUGCAAAUAUAUUUAGACAGUUAAGUAAAUGGAAUAAUUAAACAUUCAAAUAUCAAGAAUGGGUGGAGGGAAGUAACAACAGGCUGUCCUAUUACCGUCUCUGGUCCCAAGUUGGAUGUUAAUGAAGUGUUUGAAAAUAUACCUUUCAAUCCAAAGAUCUGAAUUGUGUUUCGAUUUUUUUCUUUUUUUUGAAAGAGGGCAAUAAUUUGAAUAAAGCUCAGGGUAAUAUUGUAGUUGUUAUAGGGACUUG